AUGCCCGUCUGCGAAGUGUGCCAACAGCCCGCCAAUCAGACUUGUGGUGGGUGCAAAUCGGUAUUCUACUGUUCAAAGAACCACCAAAAGAGCGCGUGGAAAGACCAUAAAUUUAAAUGUCAUCCCUUCGAAGUCCAAUAUUCGAAAACAGCCGGUAGAUACUUAGUAGCUAGAAGAGAUAUUAAACAAGGAGAAAUCAUACUACGAGAAAAGCCGUGUGUUAGCGGUCCAAGAACCGCUUGUACGCCACACUGCCUUUCAUGCAAUAAAAAAUCGGAGCCGAUCAAAAAAGACGAUGUCACAGACUAUUACAGGUGCACAUCGUGUAACUGGCCCAUGUGCGGCAAGAAAUGUGAAAUGUCUAACGUUCACAAAGAAGAAUGUAAACUUAUGUCAAGUAAUAACUAUAAAUGUACAAUCACAUACAAAAACCCAGAAAAAGCUGAAGCGGCGUACUGUGUUAUUGCGCCACUACGAACGUUGCUCUUGAGUUUAUCGAAUCCAGAACAGUUCAAGAGCAUCAUGAACCUGGAGUCUCAUUUAAAGGAAAGAAUAAAUACGCAACUAUACAGAGUGUUAAAAACGAACCUCGUAACGUUUAUUGUACAAGUACUAAAGCUACCGUUCGAUGAGGAGACGAUAUUGAAAGUCGCAUCGAUUUAUGAUACCAAUUCUUUUGACGUUCGAUCACCAGAUGGGUUGUGUCGAUUCAGAGCUAUUUACACUACAGCAGCAAUGAUGAACCAUAACUGCACACCAAAUACAAGACAUAUCUUCCUAGGUGAUGAUUAUACUUUGGCGCUCAUAGCUACUGUACCGAUAGCUAAAGGCGAAAUGUUAACAGCUACCUACACCCAAGCACUUUGGGGAACGUUAGAUAGACGAAAACAUUUGAAUAGUGUGAAAUGCUUUUACUGCAAUUGUGAGCGGUGCGCGGACGCAACGGAAUUUGGUACUUAUAUUGGAAGUAUUUACUGCUCAAUUUGCGCUGAGACUAAAACAGAAGAUAAGCCUAUGAUGCUCUCGACGGACCCUCUGAAUGAAACUGCCCCAUGGUCAUGUGCUGCCUGUGGUCAUAGUAUAGAGAGUCGCCAAAUGUUUUGGGGAAACAAUGCUCUGAAGCAAGAUCUAAGUAAGAUGAAUAAAAGUGGUCCUGAAGAGUUUGAAAAGUUUAUUAAGACGUAUAGUAACACGUUGCACCAAACAAAUCAUUUAGUGUUACAAGCAAAACUAGCCUUAAUGCAGAUAUACGGAAAUUAUGAAGGCUACACCUUGGCAGAACUCUCAGAUGAGCUACUGAAACGAAAAGUUGAUAUUUGUCACGAGCUCUUGGAGGUGGCUGAUAAACUAGAACCGGGCUGGUCAAAAUUUAGAGGAACUAUACUUCUUGAGCUCCAAGCAGCUAUGGUUCUUCAGACUAAACGGGACUUCGACUGUGACAAAAUAACUAAGGCUGGUGCUCAGGAUCAACUGAUGGAAAGCAUGAUCUUACUUCAAGAAGCGACAAAUAUAUUAAAGGUGGAACCUCACAUGAAAGAAACAUUAGAGCAAAAAGUUCGAGAAUUAUCUUUAUUCAUAAAUUCGACUUCCUGUGAUGAUGUGAAGUUCUAA